GGAUCAACAUGGGAUUGGGGCGGAGAGUGGGUUCUCUUCCUCUUGCGCAAGCGCGUGAGCUUCCCCAGCAGUCGACGACGACACCCCCUUCCGUGUUGCAGUCAUGGCGGUUGCGCAGCCAGAAGUGAAGCUAUUCGGGCGCUGGUCAUUCGAUGACAUCGAGAUCAAUGACAUCUCCUUGGCCGACUACAUUGCCGUGUCCGUGGACAAGCAUGCUACCUUUGUGCCCCAUACCGCUGGACGGUACUCCGUGAAGCGUUUUAGGAAGGCGCAAUGCCCCAUUGUGGAGAGGCUGACCAACUCCCUGAUGAUGCACGGCCGCAAUAAUGGUAAGAAGUUGAUGGCUGUACGCAUCGUGAAGCACGCGAUGGAGAUUAUUCACCUACUGACCGACCAGAACCCUAUCCAGGUCAUCGUCGACGCCAUCAUCAACAGUGGACCUCGUGAGGAUGCUACACGUAUCGGAUCCGCUGGAGUUAUCAGGAGACAAGCCGUGGAUAUUUCCCCUCUGAGGAGGGUAAACCAAGCUAUCUACCUGUUGACAACUGGUGCCCGAGAGUCCGCCUUCAGGAACAUCAAGACGAUUGCGGAGUGCUUGGCUGACGAGUUGAUCAAUGCUGCGAAGGGUUCUUCUAACAGCUACGCGAUCAAAAAGAAGGAUGAGAUCGAGCGUGUGGCUAAGGCCAACCGUUAAGCUAGUUUUGGGAUGGUUAUUGUACACAAAGAUUGUUUUUUAAUAUGAGAACUCACUCUUCAAACGAUCGUGUCCUGUGCACAAAGAGGUUUUUAAACG